AUGUCGUCCUCAUCUUCAUACCCUACGCUCCCGCCCAAGCUAAUCCUCACAUCAACCAAGGCCUACUUCUCCCCUUCCCGGACGAUCAACUAUCUCAACUCGAUCCUGGACACUCAAAACAACAAGAUUCUGUCGCUCCUCUCGUCCCACCACGACCAAGUCCGCUUCGUGCUGAUCCCGGAUUUUUUGACCAUUUUCCCAUGCUCGCAAAUCCUGACCACGAGGUUUUCAACUCCUUCAGACUCCAGCUCCUCUUCUUCAUGGCCCGUCUCGCUCGGCGCCCAGAACGCAUUCCAAUCGACCUCCUACGGCGCAUAUACCGGCGAGAUUGUGCCUCCAGCCCUCAAAGAGCUGGGGUGCUCCGUGGUCGAAUUGAACCACGCCGAGCGGCGCCGAAUGCUGGGUGAAACCGACGAGACCGCCGCCGCCAAAGCAUCCGCCGUGUGCGCGUUGGGCAUGAUCCCGCUGGUGUGUAUCGGCGAAGUGGACCGACCACCCCAAAACGGACGCCUGAGCCAGUCUGUCGGGCUGGCAAUGGCCCAACUCACACCGCAGAUCGAAACACUCCUGCGUGCCGUGCCGUCCGAUGCGCCCGUGAUUUUCGCCUACGAGCCCGUCUGGGCAAUUGGCGCCGCCGAGCCCGCCGGCGUCGACUACGUCGGUCCGGUCGUCCAGGCCAUUCGCGAGGUCGCCCGACGCGCCGUUCCUGGUGGUCGAUCAGGUCCUGUCAAAGUCGUCUACGGCGGCAGUGCUGGACCCGGCUUGUGGAGCGGCAAAACGAACGGGGGCAACGGAUUGGGCAAAUAUGUUGAUGGGUUGUUUUUGGGCCGCUUUGCCCAUGAAAUCUCCGGCGUCAGUGCUGUUGUCGAGGAAGUCGUCGAGAGUUUGAACAGCAACAGCCAGAGUUGA